AUGAAGCAAUCCGCCGCUAUCUUGGCCGCCACCCUCGUGGCCUUUGUCGCCGCUGAGGUCCCCCAGGAGCUGUCUCACGGCAUGUUCUUGACCAACACCCAGACCGCCCUGCAGCUCAACAACCGCUUCAACAUUGUUGACCCUGUCUUCGGUCUUCUCGGUGCCGCCGCUGCCGCCAAUGGCGCCGGUGACGUGACCGACUUGGACUGCCUCCAGCAGAUCAUUGCCGAUGAGGCCUUCACCAACGCUCUCACCAUUGAGGAUGAGAACCAGCGAAUCAACAGCCUCGCCAACGCCCUCAUCUACCGCACCCUUGAGAAGAACACCGGCAGCGUCGGUCUUGCCAGCGUCAACUGCGGUCAGGUUGCCAACAACCCCGAGAUUGCUGCCCUUUCUCAGCACCAGGAUCCCGCCUCCGACGGUGCUCAGCAGCUCAACAAGGACAUCGCCCUCAGCCUCGCUGUCCAGCUUGCGAGCGUUGGUGCCGACCCCACCCUUGCUCUCCUCUCCGGCACCUUCGUGCCUGGUGAUGUCAACGACAACACCGGCGCUGGCAACACCUGCGAUACUGCCCUUGACGAGGAUCCCGUCGGCUGCAUCUUCACCUUGAACCGCAUCGUUGCUGAUGCCACCAUUGAUGAGAUCAACCAGGCUGUCAGCGAUGCCAUGGGUGCCGAUGCUCCUCAGGCUAACGCCGCCAUGGCUAGCAACCUUAGCACCUUGGCCGCCGGGAUGGCCUCUGGGCAAAUCUCUGCCGUCGCUUCUGACAACGGCAACGCCCAGGCUUCCGCCUCUGCCUCCGCCUCCGGAAACCUCCAGGCUUUCAGCGGUAACCUCGGUGGCGCCGCCCCGCCAUUGAGGACACCGAACCUGAGCGCCGCCAUCCAGCGCUCUUGCGCCGUCCAGAACAACGCUUGCGCCAACGCUGCCAACUCUGGCCAGAUUGACGCUAACGUCGGUGACUGCAACGCUCAGGAGAACGAGUGCCGUGCCUCCGCCAACCUCAAGAUGAAGCGCGUUGUCAAGGCCCGCCAAAACGGUGCUCUUGACUUCGGCUCUUGCUCCGACCCCACCAUCCAGUUCGCUGAUGGCCUUGACGGUCGCCGCGAGGCCUCCUUCGCCCCCAACAACAAGGGUGACUUCAGCCAGGGCUCCGCUCUCAACAUCAACAUCAUCUCCAGCUUCAUCUGCGGAAGGCUCCAAGACUCCUGCAAGGCUGAUGAGUCGACCGUUGCCGCUUGCGAGACUGGUAGGGCCGCCGCUCAGGGCCAGCAGGGCCAGGCUGCCGCUGAUGCUUUCAACGCCGCUCUUGGUCUUUAA